AUGAGGACGAAAUCAGGCCAUAUUCUCUUUGAGUCAGCGCCGGCGAUCGGCUCUCGGGUUUUUAAGCGAAGUUAUUUACCUUAUAAUAUUAACGCAAACCUACUACAUAUAACGUUUCAGGGUUUAGCAAGCAGUACCCAAGCUAUAUUAAAAGCGACGCGAACAGCAUUCCUAAGGAGGGAUAAGAAAGCACCAGUCUAUAUCACUUAA